UACCUAGUGACCUUGAUGAGCAAGACGAGCAAGACUUAUCACAAUCUUAUGAGGCUAGUUCUGAAAGCAUAAGAUCCGCAUCUUAUGUCUUAUUGAAGCAACCGCAAGAACUUAAAUCCGAUUUGCAUGAUGAAGUUAUUGCCAAGUUGGAUAAAAAUAUAAUUGUGGAACAGGAGUUAAAGCAACAGUUAUCGUCACCUGCACAUACAUCUAC